AUGGCAGCUGGCAGUUUCCGCGCAGCCAGCCACAUUGGGGAGACCUCACCUAGACGACGCGCUAAGACGACCAACUCUUCUGCUCAUCCCCUUACUGUGAACUGGGACUGGCCAAACGGGACGCCGUCAAGUGGAGAAGACUUGAAGCUCUCCUGCCCCCCUCACCCACCACUCGCCCCCAUACCCCCGCCACUCGCCCCCAUACCCCCGCCACUCGCCCCCAUACCCCCGCCACUCGCCCCCAUACCCCCGCCACUCGCCCCCAUACCCCCGCCACUCGCCCCCAUACCCCCGCCACUCGCCCCCAUACCCCCGCCACUCGCCCCCAUACCCCCGCCACUCGCCCCCAUACCCCCGCCUCUCGCCCCCAUACCCCCGCCGCUCGCCCCCAUACCCCCGCCGCUCGCCCCCAUACCCCCGCCGCUCGCCCCCAUACCCCCGCCGCUCGCCCCCAUACCCCCGCCGCUCGCCCCCAUACCCCCGCCGCUCGCCCCCAUACCCCCGCCGCUCGCCCCCAUACCCCCGCCGCUCGCCCCCAUACCCCCGCCGCUCGCCCCCAUACCCCCGCCGCUCGCCCCCAUACCCCCGCCGCUCGCCCCCAUACCCCCGCCGCUCGCCCACCUACCCCCGCCGCUCGCCCACCUACCCCCGCCGCUCGCCCACCUACCCCCGCCGCUCGCCCACCUACCCCCGCCGCUCGCCCACCUACCCCCGCCGACUGCCGCCACUCGGCGCCCCGCCCCCCCGCCCCCCCCUGCCACCGCCCAUGGCAUUUGCCAAAGGGGCAGGAGCAUGGCACACCGCACUGUGUACACACCACCGAGGAUUGGCAAGCAGGCCAUACCUGAUGGCCGCAACCCAGGGCUGCCAUAA